GCAGAGAGGUCCGGAGUCGUCGUUUUCAGACACGGGGGGAGAAAACGGAGUGAUCCCUUGCCGAACAGAGAAUCAGAGCCGAAAUGGAGGCCGAGUUCAAGGCAAUGCUCGAAGAUCUCGAUGUGCUCGAGCAAUCUCUCUCGGACCCUUCUCCGAUCCACAAGCUGCGAUCACGGAUUGACAAUCUCUCAAGUCUUGCUAGCUCCACACCCGUUCGCCGUUCAAAAGUCAAUGAGUUGAGUUCGGAGGUUGUGGAUAGCAAUCCUUACAGCAGGCUUAUGGCACUUCAGCGCAUGGGUAUUGUGGAGAACUAUGAAAGAAUAAGAGAGUUUUCAGUCGCCAUAGUUGGAGUUGGUGGUGUUGGAAGUGUUGCGGCUGAAAUGUUGACAAGAUGUGGCAUAGGUCGCCUUUUAUUGUAUGACUAUGACAAAGUUGAACUGGCUAACAUGAAUAGAUUGUUUUUCCGUCCGGAUCAGGUUGGUAUGACGAAAACUGAUGCUGCUGUUCAGACCCUUGCAGAAAUCAACCCUGAUGUUGUGCUUGAGAGUUAUACACUGAACAUAACAACAUUGCAAGGCUUUGAUACUUUUGUGUCGAGCUUAAAGGAUAAGUCGUUCCGUCCGAGCAAAGAAGGCAAUGGCGUAGAUCUGGUUUUGAGUUGUGUUGAUAAUUAUGAAGCUAGGAUGGCCGUCAAUCAGGCAUGCAAUGAGUUAAGUCAAACGUGGAUGGAGUCAGGUGUAUCAGAGGAUGCUGUUUCAGGUCACAUACAGCUGCUGGUUCCAGGAGAAACUGCCUGCUUUGCUUGUGCACCUCCUCUGGUUGUGGCAUCUGGUGUGGAUGAACGCACUCUCAAACGGGAGGGUGUCUGUGCUGCAUCUUUACCAACUACAAUGGGAGUUGUGGCCGGGCUUCUGGUUCAAAAUUCUCUCAAGUAUUUGCUAAAUUUUGGGCAAGUUUCUCCAUACCUGGGUUACAAUUCUCUCAAGGAUUUUUUCCCGACCAUGCAAAUGAGACCAAACCCACAAUGCGCUAAUGUUGCUUGUCUGGAACGACAGAAAGAAUACAUGCUUGCAAAACCAGCCAGGGACGCAGCGGCUAAAGCGAAGUUGGAGGCUGAAGCAUCAUUAGUUGGUACCGAAGAACCACUUCACGCCGAUAAUGAAUGGAACAUAAGUGUUGUGGUGGACGACAGCGAGGCAGAUAAUGCAGGUGGAGGUACUUCUUCAAGUUCAGGUACGCUGCCGGAAGGGCUUAAGCGUGAGCUUCCAAGUGCGGAUGAAUUCAAGGAGGAGACGACAGGUGCUACUGCAGAAGCAGAGGAGGACGACCUUGAUGAGCUGAAGAAGCAGCUUGAAGCUCUUAAUGCUUCUUCUGCUUAAAAUAGGCAUCAAACCCCAAAAUUUUAAAAAAAGGUGACGUUUUAUCCCUUUUUAUUUUUAAUUUAUUUCUGUAGAGAACAGAAAAAAAAAACUUAUUUCAGAGUUUAUGCUCCUCUAUUUACACAAAAAAAGACCUAGAAUCAUAUGUUUUAUUAAUUCAGUGUUUUCUGUUUUGA